AUGGAUGAUGACUUAAAUGUGACUUAUAUAACUCUUUAUGGAUAUGAGGAAAUGGGCAAAUACAGGUAUUUCUAUUUUUUUAUUAUGUUUACAGUGUAUAUUCUAGCAAUGUGCUUCAGUGUCACCAUUGUGUACCUUAUUUGUAUACACAGGAACCUACAUGAGCCAAUGUACAUUUUCAUUGCAGCUUUGCUAAUGAACUCUAUUGUUUACAAUACUGCUAUGUACCCAAAUUUGUUAAUCAAUAUUUUAUCUGAAAAACAUAUAAUUUCAUAUUCAGCCUGUCUCUUUCAGUUGUUUGUAUUUUACUCCCUUAGUGCUUCAGAUUUCUUUCUGUUGUCAGCCAUGGCCUAUGACAGGUAUGUUUCUAUAUGCAAACCUUUGCAAUAUACGACAAUCAUGAGAAAAUACACUGUGACUUUAAUUCUGGUUCUAGCUUGGCUUGUACCUUUUUGUGAACUUGCAGUUCCAGUUAUACUGAGUGCUGAUUCAAAACUCUGCCAUUUAACUUUGAAUGCAAUUUUUUGUAACAAUUUAGUUUACACUCUCCACUGUGUGCCUUCAAGAGUACGAGCUAUGCUUGAUGUGUUUGCUCUGUUAAGCAUGGCACUUUUCCCUUUGUUUUUUAUAUACUUUACAUAUAUCAGAAUACUUACGAUAUCUUAUCGAAGCAGUAGAGAAGUUAGAACUAAAGCUUCACAAACCUGUUUACCCCAUGUGAUAGUUUUAAGUCUAUUUUCCUGUUUGUGUGCAUAUGAUGUAAUUAUUAAUCAACUAGGAUCUGAUUUACAUUUCAUUAUGACUUUCCAAGCGUUUUUGUAUUAUCCUCUGUUUUAUCCAAUCAUAUAUGGACUUAAAAUGAAAGAAAUCUCUAAACACAUAAAGAGGUUGUUUUGUCAAGCCAAACUGAUCUGAUGUAUUAAAAGUGAUGUAACUGUGAGUAUUACUGAUAUUACAGCACAGUCAUUCCUUCUGUAUUACUACAGAGAAAUUUAUGUUCUUAUCCUUGAAUGGUCUUUUAUA